UCUCUCUCUCACAUUGUCCAGUCUUGUCCCUGGGUAAAGUCGUCGGUUUGUUCCUGUCAUCUGUAGUCAAGCCUCAACACUGGAGGACAAAAUGGUAAAGAUGCUGAUUCAAUGAUCUCUCUGCUUUCUUGUAAUCCUUGUUGAUCGAUGCCUGUUUCCUUCAUCUCUUCCUCCAUCGAUCCAUUUGGCCUCGUUUCAUCAGGUCUCUCUCUCUCUCUCUCGUGCUGUCUUUCUUUUUAUUAGCUUCUGUUUGGUUGCUUAGAGAACAGGAAGAAACCACUAAUUGAUGGGCACAUCAUCUGGUUCUAACAUUCAUCACCACCCUUCAUCAAAAAUGCUUCCUCCACGACAGCAACCGCGUGCAGCUGGACUGCAAACAUCACUGUCCUUGGUGUCUUCUGAUCCUCGCUUGUCUCCUGAUGCACAGGAACUGAGAUCUAACUCUGAUAAUAUUCGUGAAUCACCUACUGAAAGUGCUAGUUCACGAGAAACUUGGCCCACUGCUGAUGCCAUGAUGACAAAGAAGAUGGAGAAUGGCAAGGCGGAGAAUGAUUGCCCUGAACAGUCUGUCAUUCGUCGUGUCUCAGUUGCAGAUAAGAUAACUCUUCGUGACAUAGCUAGGGAACGAGUUGAUGUGAUUUCUGAAAAGAUGCAUCAUCUACCUGAUGAUUUUCUUGAUGAGCUAAAGAAUGGUCUCCGGGUUAUCCUUGAAGGGAGUGGUGGUUCACAGCACAGAGAGGAAUUUUUGAUUUUGCAGAAGCUUGUUCAGAGUAGAUCUGAUUUGACAGCAAAGACAUUGAUUAGAGCACACCGAGUACAACUUGAAAUACUCGUUUCAAUAAACACUGGAAUUCAGGCUUUUUUGCAUCCAAGUAUAAGUCUUUCCCAAACUUCCCUGAUUGAGGUCUUUGUGUUUAAGAGAUGCAGAAAUAUAGCAUGCCAAAACCAGCUUCCAGCUGAUGACUGUACCUGCGAAAUAUGUGCCAACAAAAGCGGUUUCUGCAAUCUCUGCAUGUGUGUGAUCUGUAACAAGUUUGAUUUUGAAGUGAACACGUGCCGUUGGAUUGGUUGCGAUUUGUGUUCGCAUUGGACUCACACGGAUUGUGCUAUUCGUGAUGGGCAAAUUUGUAUGGGCCCAUCUGUUAAGAGUGGAGCUGGCCCAACUGAGAUGCUUUUCCGUUGCCGAGCCUGCAAUCGAACAUCUGAGCUCUUGGGUUGGGUGAAAGAUGUUUUCCAACACUGUGCACCAGCAUGGGAACGAGAGGCCCUUGCGAGGGAACUUGAUUUUGUUAGUAGAAUCUUCCGAGGAAGUGAAGACAGUAGAGGGAGGAAACUCUUUUGGAAGUGCGAGGAACUUAUUGAGAAAAUGAAGGGUGGACUUGCAGAGUCAACAGCUUGCAGGGUGAUAUUAAUGUUCUUCCAAGAGCUCGAGGUGGACUCUCCAAAGAGCCUUGAAAAUGGGGAGGGUGGGAGGCUGAUAGCCCCGCAGGAGGCAUGCAACCGAAUUGCUGAAGUGGUGCAAGAGGCCAUAAGGAAGAUGGAGAUGGUAGCUGAUGAGAAAAUGAGAAUGUUUAAGAAAGCACGCAUGGCUCUCGAGGCAUGUGACCGCGAGCUGGAGGAGAAGGCCAAGGAAGUGGCAGAACUAAAGCUUGACAGGCAAAAAAAGAAGCUACAGGUUGAAGAGCUUGAGAGAAUUGUGAGGCUUAAGCAGGCAGAGGCUGACAUGUUCCAGCUCAAGGCCAACGAAGCAAAACGAGAGGCUGAGAGGCUGCAGAGAAUCGGUCUUGCUAAGACAGACAAAUCAGAGGAAGAAUAUGCUAGCAGUUACCUCAAGCUUCGUUUAAGUGAAGCUGAGGCAGAGAAGCAGUAUCUGUUUGAGAAGAUUAAGCUGCAGGAGAGUUCGCGUGCAUCACAAGGCAGUGGUGGGGCUGACCCUUCACAGGUGUUGGGCAUAUUCCAAAAUCCACGAAAUUUUUAACGGCUACGAUGUCCUCCCAAAGACAGAAGCACAGCCAAACGAGCGCCACCAUUUCAGGACAAAUCCCUGAGCAAAAAUGUCUUUUGCCGAGUUAAAGUUUGAUUAAGAUGUUUAGAAAUGUCGCUCUCUUGCUGAACGAGUGUGACUCUUGCCGAACAAGUGUGAAUGAAAUGCUAUUUGGAUUGAUUUCAACCUUGUAAUUUUUAAUUGGCGAGUCGGUGGAACCGAUUCGAGUUGUAAGUUGCUUUUACACUUGUGCAUAAAUAUGUAGUUUUCGCGCAUGCAUGCUGGAAAGUUCUC